UCCUAACACAUUUUAAUUGUUUUCUAAGAUCCUAAAUAGUACACACUACACACACGUCGGUAUCACGUGACAUCUCUGAAAGCCUUGUCCUCACUUGCUCAUGGGAUUUAUUGAUGAUGAAUUACAAGAAGUAUCACAGCUUUGUCACAAUGUUGUUGACGGAAGUCGCCUCGUCUCUUGCAUACGGAACAUGGUCCGCGUUGAAAUAACAAAAACACCGUUCAAACAGCUUGUUGUGUGCAUCCAGUUUCAAAAGGAUUAUCCUGCAUCGCCGUUAUUUGUUGAGUUAAAAAGUAAAACUCUGUCCACAAAGUUGCUAGAUGGAUUAACAGAGGUCUGCGAAAAAGAGUGCAAGCGUUUGUUAAACAAAGCACAGAUAUUGCCAAUUUUAAAAUUUAUUAGGAAUUUCAUUGAGGACAAUCCUCUCAUUUGCUGCUAUGAAGAAAUAGCAACGUUGAAAAAGCUUUUAGGAGAUAAAGACGAGUUCAAGUUAAAGCAAAAGAAUUCGUCCAUCAAUCUAACAUUACAUCAAGAUUUGUAUCAUUUCAAGACCAAGCUUGAAGUGCCGGACAAUUAUCCUACCAGUUGUGUUACUUUUGGUGAUGUUGAUACGAAUUUCCCACCACUAUUCAAACGCUAUCUAGUUGGACAAGGAAGGGAAUUAGCGAGGCAAUGUGUCGAGCCACCAUUGAAGAAACAGCAAAACCUGUUUACACCAUCACCAUCAUUAAACACAGUUGCUUCAUUUCUCAUAAAGAGUGUGAAAGCUUUUCCACAAGAAUCCUGUCAACACUGCAAAGUAAAGUGCUUGCCAACAAAUCCCAAAGAGAUUGUAAUCGACGAAAAUGCGGAUUUCCACGCCGAAAGACUUUAUUGUGGUCAUCUCUUCCACUUAAAAUGUCUCGUGACAUACAUGAAGACUCCGCCAUUCCAUGGGGGUAAGAAAUGUCCAAGUUGCGGUCAACGCGUUUAUCAUGACAAAUGGGGAUUAUCUGACAAGUUGGCAGAAGCCCGUUGGGCCCAUCAAGAAGCACGAGUGAGAGAAUUGGCAGAAGUUGAAGAUUUUUUCAACUAAUAUACUUUCAUCCAGCAAACUUGUGAAAUAUGAGUUUCACAAUAAAACUUACUGGAAGUAGGGAUGUGCGAUUUUUUUUUCAAAAUUAUGUAUCACA